UCGAGGCAAUUCCUGAUUCCAAGAACAAGAUCGCGUCUCAAUCAGCUUCUUUUCAAUUCAUUUUGGUAUCCGGUUCUUGUCAGUAACUGCUGUCUUGCAAUAAUGACACAAGAGGUUGUUCGGACGGUCAAAAUAACGACCACAAGUGAGAUCCUCACUGAUCUCGAACCCGCGGCCGAGGGCUUUCCUAUGCGAAAAUGGUCCGUCAGAGUCUGCUUGGUCGGACCUUCGGGCGAGGAAGUGCCCGCAAACAUAUUUGAUAAAGUCACAUACAGGCUGCAUCCUACAUUCAACAAUCCCAACAGAACUCUCAAAAAACCACCGUUCAAGCUCGAAGAACAGGGAUGGGGUGAAUUCGACAUGACUGUGGCUUUGCACGUCAUGGAUAAAGGUGGUGAACACACAGUUGUCCAUGACUUGAACUUCUUGGAAGAAAAAUACGAAGUCCUUCAUAAGCUGUCAUUCCCCACCAACCGUCCCGCUCUUGCAAAGGUGCUGGCAGAGUCCGGCCCCGUGCCUGAGUCUGUCGUGUCGAGCGGGAGCCCGGCCAUUGACGAGUCCAAGAAGAGAAAGCACGAGAGCGGCGAUUCCUCAAAAAAGAAAACCAAACAUGACAAGCCUUCGAUCGAUAUGGAUCGAUUAGCAGAGUCUCUCGAAAAACUUGGCGAGGAUGAUUUACUGCAGGUCGUGCAGAUGGUGACCGACAACCGAACCCCGGAGAUGUAUAUCAAGAACGACGUAGAAGAAGGAGAAUUCCACCUCGAUCUUUACACAAUGCCAGAAAAUCUACUGAAGAUGCUCUGGGAUUUCGUAAAGAAGCGCACCGACAUAUAGCCCUGAGAGCCAUCCCAUAUUUUCCCCUUGUGCGAAAAAAUCCAUUUGCUAGUUCCACUGUAUCUCAGCGAGUUCUGAGUUUGUCUGUGUGGUGCAUAUUUGAGAUCUCAACCGGUCUACUCAAUUGAGAACCCAGCCGGCGACCUCUCACUUAUUGUACAGGAUAU